AUGGACGUCUUCCUAACUCGGCUCACGCAGCAGGCGAUGAACUAUGCGAUUCGCUCUGGGAUAGCAGUCACAGCUUCCUAUGCGAUAAGACAAUCAUCGCGACUGCUCAGAAAUGUAGAUGGUGAGGACCGUACAGAGCUACUGUCAUUGCAGCGAAGACUGGAAAGCAAGAUACAGGUCAUCUCCCCGUCAAUUGAUAUGAUCGAAAUGAUCGCCGCUCGAGGAAACACGUCUCUUGAGUCUGCCGUUGCUCUCACAAAAUCUCUGAGAUGGGAUAUACAGGCACUUGGGCAGCGACUGGCAAAAGCAGCAUCCUCUGAAGAGUGUUCACGCAAGGGUUCUAGAUCGCCAAAGAAUCGGGGAAGCAUUGAUGCCGAAAUAAAAUUCAUCAUUCAAGAUAUCAAGGAUUUGUUAACUCGGAUUGAAGAUGCGGUGCCUCUUAUGAAUUUGGCCAUCACUACCUCGGGGGCUAAAUUAUCUACAACUCUUCCCUCGUCGAUAUCACCAUCUCGACUUCUUCAGGCCAGCACAUUCCUGACCGCUGGAGAUUCACAAUAUGGCAUAUGUCACCCCCAGCCGGUCCAAAUUGGACCUACAUUUACGCUUUCAAUGUACAUGCUUUUCUCUGGUCAUGUGCGCCCACAUGAUGAAGAAUCAGUCCGUUCGACGACCUGGAAAGAAGUUAUGCACAAGGCCUGUGUGAAACUGCGACGUGUGCCUAUCAAUUUAAACUAUUCGGAUGGUCAAAAUAAAGCACCGCAGCUUCCAGGACAAGCAGAAGACGAAGAGUAUGCGUACCAAUUGAUGAUUAUCGAGGACCUGGAUGAUGGACGAGUUCAUACAUUUGAAGACGAUGAGCCUCGGCCGCACAGCUAUGAUGGCAUUGCUACCGCUGGUAUGCGCGAAAUUCUGCCAGUCCAUCAGAUCUCCAGGAUUUUCUACGCCGAUACCGGUCGAGUUCUCAACAUCAAUACCGAAGGGGAGACAAAUCACCCUGUUCUUUUGUUGAAAAGAGACCCGAAUGCUCUACCACCACGUCGGAUGAUGGAGAGUGAAGGUGUUGACGACCAGUACGCCUCCGACAACUCCGAGGACUCCACAGACGAAGCUCAAGCUCAACUUGAUGCCCAAUUACAUGGCGCUGACGCUUCCGCGCAACUGAAUUUCGACUCCCUCCACGAGAACGCCAUUCCCGAAGAAUGGCGUCUACCUCCUGGCCUAGAUCCAGAAUGGAUAGCACUCGAAGUUUACACCGAAGAUGAAAGCUCUGACUCAGAGUCAGAAGCAGACAACACUCCACACAGCCCAACAAACCAAUCAUCAAUCGACCCAAAUGUGCUAGCAAAGCUAUCUCUCAACGACCAGAAAUCGCCCUCAUCGCUAUCACCUAGUCAAUUCACAAGAACAUUGUCGAAUCCCCAUUUCCAAAAUAUUCGCACAACCCUUUCCCUCCUCGAGACUCUCAUCCGCCUAUCUUCCCUCCAACAAGUCCAACAAAAGUCGCACCUCGCCAUCACUGACGAAAUGCUCAAUUUCUUCCUCGAAUCAUCAACCACCGGUGCAGGCGGCGACGAACAGCACCGCCAGCAGCUCCGCUCUGAAGCCCGUCGCCGUGUGGGCUGGGAUCCUUACGGGGAAAGCCCUAUUAAGCAUCGCAGUGAAGAGUAUCAGCAUAGCAGUCCUUCUGCUUCUCAUAGCGACGGAGACGACAUUAAUUUUCCCGUUGGAACUCCACAGAACUUCUAUCCUCGUUCUAGAGAAAAUACGCCAAAGACUCCUUCGCAACGGGGUUCGCCUUUUACUCGCUACGAUCAAGCACGGCCUAGCGGCUUGAGGGGAAUGACGCCGGCCUACACGAGCAAUGGUUCUGCGCAGGGCUCGCCACUGGCUAGAAAGAUUGGACCACCGAAUGAUGGAGAUGCUGGGCCCAGGACAGCAUAA